GUUGCGCCUCAUCGUUAUUAACUUUAAAAUACAAAUUUAAUAUUAACAACCCACAAAAUGGACACAGUUAAGGAACUGGUGCAAUUUAUGCAACCCAAUCAACGACUCGACCUCAAGGCGGUGGCUCUGACACACGUUUUGGGUUUAACUGGCAGUGCUGAGGGAAAAGAAGCCAUACUUUCCUUAGAUGAUAUGCUGUUGGCCAUUUUUGGGCUUACAUAUGAUGACAACCACACAGUGGCCAAGGAUGCAGUACUGAGUCUGAUAAACUUAACGGCCGAGGAGCAGGGAGCUGUUCAAGUCUUCGAAUUGGCCAAGAAAGUGCAACCGACCUUCGAAAUCGUAACUGUCGCUGCUAAGCAAAUUUGUGAUGAACAGUCCGAUCUAGCUGAUCCUUGGAGCAUGGUUCUCAGCAAUCUUACACGGGUAGAGUCACUGGUCCAUGAGAUUUUGGCUAUAUUAGAGAAAAGUGAGCAGACUCUUCCCCGUCUCGCCAAAGCUUUCGCCCAGUUGGAUUACAAUAAGAAGAAAUCAAAGCUGCAUUACCUCGCGCCCAUUUUCUGCAACCUAACUCAGGUACCGCGCGGUCGGGAACUGUGCUGCCAGGCACGCUACCAAUUACUGGAGAAACUGUUGCCCUUUGCAUCCUUUGAGGCCAGUGUGGUGCGACGUGGUGGUACCAUCGGUAUCCUUAAAAACGUUUGCUUCGAUGCCGUUUACCACGACGUGAUUCUUAACGAACAGGACAGCAUCCUGGUGGCUAUUCUGCAGCCGCUCUGCGGGCCGGAGGAGUACAGCGAUGAAGACAAUGAAAAGUUACCUAUCGAACUACAGUAUCUGCCUGAGAGUAAAACGCGGGAAGAAGAUCCGGAUCUGCGAAAAAUGCUGCUGGAGUGCCUUCUGCAGCUGUGUUCCACGCGUCGCAGUCGAGAGGUGCUGCGUGCUAAGGGCGUCUACGAGAUCCUGCGCGAGUACCACAAGUGGGAGGCCAAAGUUGGCAGGGACAGUGAUUGUCUGCUGGCUUGUGAGAACGUAGUUGACAUUCUGAUAAAAAAAGAAGAGGAGAUUGGACUAGACAAUUACAAAACCGAAGUCGAAGUGCCCGCCGAUCAGGCCGAAAAGUUUGUCCAGGAAGACGCCGCCUAUGUGAAGACCCUGCUAGAUUAAAGACCCACAUCCCCAGACCCUUUCUUGUUUGUAAAUAUGUGUAAUGUUAGUAAAACUCGUAGACUAUAUCGAAAUUUCAAUA